ACGCUUCAAGCUGGCUCCCGCUGACGUCACACAGCGGGCGUCACGUGACAAGCAGCCAUGAGUCGUCUGAUGAGCGCCAGCACGGUGGACUCGGUGAGCGAGUCCUCAGUGCCCACAGAGAAGAGCCCGAGCAGCCUGGGCAUUGUACAGUUUGGCUUCCACGCCAAGACGUCUUACGACGCUGAUGAAGCCCUUCUACAAACCAGGAGUGAAAAUUUCAAAGUGAAACCAGGAGAGAAAGACAGAGACAUUUGGAAACGUCCCCCACCAGACUUCAGGUAUGUGGUCUAUGAUCCCAAACCUCCCAAGAGGAACACAGUGGAUUCCAUGCGACCGUGGGAUUUUGGGACCAUCCCAGGGCAAAGGAACGUGAUCAAACGAAACCGAGAUGACGGAAGACUGCCUCGUAUUUUCGACGAGAAGGAGAGAGAGCCGGAGAUCAUCACCCGUUUCCACAUCGAUCGACCAUUCACAGCCAAGAAGAAAUUCGUCACCCAAGGGAUGUAUUCGGCUGGCCCAUACGAUAAUCCUAAGCCACACGACUACAGACAGUCCAUGGACUACCUAAUGAGCCGCCUGAGAGGGACAUGGUCCCAGGCCGUCAGAUGGCACCUCCUAUGUCCGCCAAGAAACCAUGGGAAGCAAGACUCAUCCUGGAAAAGACCAAAUGGCCACAGAAGAAUGAAGCUUAUACUCGUUACCGUCGCCGUCACCGGCAGCCGUACAGCGCCUUCAUGGAACGUGUUGAGGAAGACCUACAAAGCCGUUGGUACCGGGAGCAGCUGGAAGAGGCGAUACAGUCUAGUGGAUGACCACUUUAUGCAUUUUAGGAUUUUUAUAUAUAGAGUUGGAGAUUAUGGGGCUAUGUCUCUGCUUUUGUGAGCUUAGGUGGAAUAUUAUAUUGAGGGAUUAUGGUUUCUGUUUAAACGAGGAAUGCACAAACAGUUGUGGAGGCGCACUCAGUCGUCGUAAUCAGAGAGAGAUAGUUGCCUCUUUGAAAAUUUUAUUGACAAAUUGUAGUAUCAGAGCUCGCUUAUUUGCUUGGUUAAAUCCUUACGCCCACCUUAUUACCGACCGUUUGGUGAGUGAUUGUGUUAGUUGUCUGUGUAUCCUUGGUACAAGUCUUGCAUUGCAUGCCCUCAAGGAAGGUUAGCCACGUCCAGCUUAGAGGCAAUAAGACAUUUUGUGAGACAACAGCACACGAGGAUACAGGGUGAUGGAAUGCUUGGUUGCUAUCCUUUACUUACGAAGAAAUUUUGUCGAAAAAGAAUUGCGGUUGAGUGUGGUGCAAGAAUGCGUUAUUAUAAGUAUACCCGAGUUCGGAAACUCUAGACUUAAGAAAUGUAAUCUGAAGAUAGAUAUUACUGCAUACUUUUAUGAAUUAGCACGUUCUAACAUAGUCGCCAUUGUGUAUAUAUUGGGAGUGAAUGAUGAAUGCGCUUCUGGUUACUUGUUUGGCUCGAGUCUGUGCGGGAAUUGAAUAUAGCGAAUGAGGUAAACGCGAGCCAUGAGAGACUUUUUGACCCCAUCAUGUGACAGUAGAGUGAUAUGUUUUAAUUUUUUUUUAAAAUAGAAUUAUGUAAUUUUUUUGGUAGAACAUUCUUGACGGAAUACACAGUGACAGUAUUACCUAUUCUUUUCCAAUGACGGAAAGAAAUGUGCCAAAUAAAACGUAUGAUUUUCAAUGUACAACUAAAAAUAAUAAGGGUAACCCGCGAUAUUUGGUACAAAGCUAUUUUUUAUAAUGUUUUAUUUUUAUUCAAGUAUCUGUGAUGCUUUAGUAUGAUCUUAAUGUAUGCUUACUGAUAAUAACACGACGGUUAGGUUUAUAUACGACAAGGAUCUCAAAUUACAUUAAAUAAACAUAAUUUCAAAAGUC